AACUCUGUUGUAAUAUCGUUUAUAUCUAUACGCUUGAUAUAACUCAAUAAAGGAAGAGACCUAAACUGAUAAUAAGUAUUUGCGCAGAAGUUUCAUGUUACAAUGUUAUGAAGGAGUUGCAUCUAGAGAUUAUUCUUUUUUAUGACUAGAUUCAUUUGAGGAAGAAAGGGAGAAAUAUAGUGAUAGAUAUUCAUUUAAAGAUGGCCGCACCUUCGCGGCUGGAUUACUGUGUCACGUCAAUUUUACGUGUCCCUUCGGGAUUGCGAGAGGAGGAGUUGGUAGCUGAUUAAUUCGUGCGUGAUACUUAUAUUGGUUAGAAAUUAAAUUCGUGAUUAAAAAUGAUCUGAUUGUAGCGAUCAUAAAAUGAAUUGUCAUCAAAUAUUAAGCGGGGCCUGCAAUGCAGGCGACCGCUGCUACGCUGUCGGUUCUGUCGAGGGUAUAUCUUUCACGGCAUACGCCGCUGGCUGCAACAUUGUCAUUUUGGCUAACAAUUUUGAGCGUGUUCAAAUUAUACCAGGAGCUGUACACAACUAUAUUAGGAUUAGCUGUUUGGAUUGUAGUACAGAUACGGGAAAAAUUGCUGCAGCUUACGAAAAUCAAGUCUGCAUAUUUGAGCCAACGCCAUUGAUACAUAGUACUUGUUCACAUCAAUUGGAAUAUCGUUGGGUUCAAACAGGAAGUUUACAAACAGAGUCUAAUAUCACUUCUUUGUCAUGGAACUUAGAAGGAACAAGGUUAUUAACAGGUGGCGAGCUUUUACAAUUAUGGCAUCAAAAUAUUAUGCCAUUUCAAGAAGAGCAUACUACAAAGGCAAAAGCGUUACAAUCAGAAGAAAAUACUAUGAGUGGAAAUGAUCAAAAUGUUACCACACACUCUUCCCAAGAUCCUGGAGCAGUGACAUUUUCUAUCGGAGGUGAAGCUGAAAGUCCAGGACCUGGGGAUUCCAAUAAUGCUAAUGAUCCAGGUGCAUGGAAUUGUGUAUGGAAAUGUCGUACAGCUACACCAGUACAUCUUAUGAGAUUUAGUCCAGAUGGAACUUUAUUUGCAACAACUGGGAUGAAUGACAGAUUAGUCAAAAUUUGGUUUGAAAAUAAACAAAUUUUUCCAUUGCGAAGUGUAGAUCAAUCAAAUUUUUCUCAAUCAUUAUCGAGUGAUAGUUACAGCUUCGUAUAUGUAGCACAUCCACGUGCUGUAACUCACUUAUCAUGGAGAAAAACAAGUAAAUAUAUGCCCAAAGGCUCAGUAUCUAACAUGUUGGUAACUUCAUGUCGGGAUAAUAUUUGUCGAGUGUGGACAGAAACCAUACCACCUGAAAUAGAAGGUUUGGCUAAUAUGAGUCAAUUCGAAGGUUCGGACAGACAUGGGCAUCAUGGAAAACAUCGCCAUCAUAAUAUGCAUAAACAUAGAUUUAUGCAACGACUAAAACAUAUGAAAACAUGUUUUCAUAUUCGUCGCCAUGCUAAACAACAACAUCAAGCAGGCCAUGCGGCACCUACUUUGCCAACUUUACCUUCAACGUAUUCUGUGCAUGACUUUCAUAAUAAUUAUCAAAGUUCUGGCCAUUAUCCAGGCAUGCACUUCCACUUAGCAGCAAGCAUUAAUGCAGAGACUGAUAUUCCAUUAGUACCAAGUUUGAUAACUGGAGAUCCUGAAAGAGAACCAAAUUUUAUUUUGCAUUGGCUUAAUAACAAAGAAAUGCAUUUUACCAUGCAAGCUGAAAGUAUUUUACAAGAGCUUACACGUAAGGUUGUAGAAAAGGAAGAGGGAUUGCAACAACAAGAAGUUGAUCACAUAGAUCAUGAUUCAGAGGAUGAAUAUACAUUAAGAAGCAUCUUAUCCUGUUAUGAUAUACUCCAUGCAGAAAAAGGAAAUCGAUCGCAAAGUGCACAGAAACAAGGUGUUGGUGGACGAUCCGCAAGUCAAGAAGAUCACAGCAGUGAUGAACAUCAUACUACACAUACUACUUCCUCUCAUCAUAGCUUGGCUCAUAGUGCACAUUCUCAUCAAAGUCUUAGCAAUACUACAUCUAUAAAUUCUAUUGCAACAGAUGCAACAUCUUCAAUGAAUCAUGCACCAGAUUCGUUAGAUACAAAAAUAGAAACAUUAUUAAGAGACUGGCAUCAUAAUCCAGAUUUGCUUUUCUCAAUUCAUCCUAUAGAUGGAAGCUUUUUGAUAUGGCAUAUUGAAUGGUUAGAUGAAUAUCAUCCUGGUUCGUUUAGACAAGCACAAAUUUCAUUUUCUACACGAAUACCAAAUGCAUUUCCUCUUGGUGAUGCAUCUACUAUGAGCCACAAUGUAUCCAUGUAUUCUCAUAAUACUGGAGGACCGUUACUCAACAUUCGAGAAGUUGCAAAAUCUUCAACUAAACCUACAGAUCAAUUUUUUAAAGCUGCUGAAGUAACAACACCAUUACCAAGCCUUAUUGAACAAGAUGAAGAGCAAUCAACAUUAACUUCAAGAGCAGGACAAGAAUUACUGACUACUGUACAACAUGCUGAUCAAGGUCAAAAUAAAACAACGUCCACAGGUGUUAAUAAUGCAGAGACUGGAAAGAAUCAAGAAACUGUUAAUGAUUUAUUAACUCAUCCUAGCCCAAUGGUAUCAAUGGUAUCAAAGCAUUCUAAUGGAACAUUAAAUCUGUGGCAACUUACAUUUGCUGAUAAGACGAAGUUCUCUCAAGUCCUAAGUAUAGGCCAUGCAUGUAGAGCUUCUGGACAUCGUUUUCGAGUAAAUGACAUUACUUGUCAUCCUGUUCUUCCAUUAUUGGUAACAACUUCGCAUCAUAAUAUACCUGAGUUUUCUAAUACUUGUUCUCAAAAUUCAGAUACUACAGAACAUGUAGAUCAUAAGCAGGAUGAGAAUAAAUCAAAAGAUAUGCCAUCGGCUGUAUGCAUAAAUGGCUUCUGCAGUGAAUUAAUUCUUUGGAGAGUAGAUGCUGUUGGACCUUUAUCUAAAAGUGGCGGAGUUUCUGAAUUAGCACGAAUUAAUUCUCCAGAAAUUUCUGCAUUUAGUAAUGUUGCCUGGAUUCCAACAUUAUUACCAAGCACAACAUUAGGCAAUUUAUCUAAUUCUCCUAGUGCUUGUUUCGUUGCUAGUGAUGGAGAAUGUCUUAGAGUUUAUCAAGCUGUUAUUGAUGCUAGAACUUUGUUAGCAGAAGUAUCUAUCAGUGAAAGAAGGAGCAGAAUGAUGGAUUCAAUGGCCAGUCUUUCCACGGAUAUUUCAUCUGAUGAUGGUAUUAGACAUUCUAUACACGAUAGAAUAAAAAUAGUCUCUCAACAAUCAACAGCUAGACCAGGAUGUAUAAUACAAUUAGACGCUAUCGAUGAUGCUACUCAUGAUUGGCAAAACACUCAGUUCCUUCAUGUAUUCCAAGAACAAUUAAUUACUGGCGAAAGAAGUGAUGAAAAACAAUGUGGAGUAGAUACAUCAAGUAAUGAUUUAGGUCUUAUGGAAUCGACAUUAGAUGCUAUGGUGGAUCUUCAACAAUCCGCAAUUUUUGAAGAACCAUUUUACAUCGUGGUAUUAGAAAGAACUCAACAAGGAACAACAGUACAUAUGUGGCGUUUAGUUAUUGCAUCACAACCUGAGACAACAGGAUUAUCAGGAUCAAUGAUGUAUGUCCCAGAUUCUCAUUUAGUCCAAGAUGAAGAUGAGGAAGGUACACCUGGACGAUCUAGUCAUCAAGAAGGUAGAAGAUCCCGUAGACCAAGUCAAAAUGGAUAUAGAAGUAGACGUGAAAGUCAAGCUGAAUAUGAUACAGCAUUCCUUCAUCACCGACAUAAUAGCCACGUUCUUAUAACAACUACCAAAGUUUGCACUCAAGAAUUACCAUUACCAGAUGGAGUGGAGGUAAUACAUGCAGCUCCAGCAGCAGGCCACUUAAGUAGUUCAUCUAUUUAUCCUGCUUGUUUUGCACCAUACAUAAUUGUAACAGCGUGCAGUGAUAGUACCAUACGCUUUUGGAAAUGUAAAGUUACAAAAACUAUACCAGACAAACUUGAUUAUGAAUGGUGUGAAUGGGAGAUGGUCAGGAAAGAUCAAGAAUCUACAAUUGAUAUUACUGGUCAACCGUUAAAUAUUAGUGCAGCUUAUAGUGGUCGUAUUGCUUGUGCUUAUAAAUAUGGCAAAUCAUUUACACGUCCUACAAAAAGCGAUCCUGACUCAAGAUAUGUAAACCUUUGUGUUGCAAUAUAUGAAUGUGAAAGUACAGGUGGCAGUGAAUGGAUUCUAGAGGACACGAUUCAUUUGAAGAAUAUUCAUUUGCCUCGAAUUCCAGUAGAUCAACAUUUAGAUCUUAGCUAUUUGUAUGAUAGUAGAUUUUUACAGAAAAAACAAAGGCUUACGCAAGUUUUACAGACUCUCAGUCACGAAGAUAUAAGAUCACCAAGGAACGGCGAGAAUGGAGAAAGCACGAAAUCUAACGCUGGUUUGCUAGCAGUUCCUUCAUUCAGUACUCUUCAAUCUUUACGAAAAUCAAUCAUAGAAAAUGGUAACACGUGUCCGCUGACACAAAAACACUUAGUUCAAUUGGAUUGGGUAUCCAAAGAAGAUGGUUCACAUAUAUUAACAGUUGGUGUUGGAUCAAAAAUUAUGUUGUUCACUCCAGUCUGCUCUGACCUUGCCCAAGCAAAUAUGAAAGCAAUGAAGGAAUCUCAAAGCAGUAAUAGACCAAUACUAAGAAAAACUUCAUCACUAGCACAACCACAAUUUGUAGAUGAAAUUCGAUGGAUGAAAUUAAGAAAGAUCGAAUUAACUACAGCCGAUGGAUUGCCACCUUUACCUAUGCAAAUAUCAUGGGUGAGAGAUGGUAUCUUAGUUGUUGGUAUGGAUUCAGAGAUGCACGUUUAUUCACAAUGGAAACCAAGUCCAAAGAAAGAUUGUUUCCAUUCAAAUCUACAACAUCAGGAAUCAGAUGAAUUUCAAGCAAGUAGAAAUCUAAGAGACGAAGAUUUGAGAACUUUAGCUCAAGAAACGUCGCAACGAAGAUUGGCUAAUGUAUCAUCUAUGCCACAUUUAUCGCGCGUUAGUAGUAUUAAUCUAACGAUGCUCGAUGCUAAGAAAAAACGUGGGAUACAAAAUGAGAAUGUUAGUUUCGAUUACAUGCCUGAUUAUGGUCUUUUUGAAGCAUCAAGGAUAGCUUGUCCUGUGCUACCGCAAUAUCAUCCGAAACAGUUAAUGGAAUUGUUAAAUUCUGGGAAAAUUCGAUGGGUUAAAGCUAUUCUAUCGCAUUUAGUUAGAUGUAUAGGAAGUUCUUGUUCUUUGAGAGUUGAUGAUGAAAACGUGGUUAAACAAAGAGGUGGAUGGUCUAGAUCAAGGACCAUGUCAGUCAGUUACGUUGGUACAACUUCACCACUCGAACCGAGAGGUUCAACGACUCAAAUACCAGAAGAACUUACUUUAGAUUAUGCUGAAAUCACUUCUAUAUCACCGUUACCACUUUGGACUCUCUUAAUUGCAGAUAAAGAAACAAAUGCUGUGCAACAAAACGAAGAUAAACAGGAUUAUAAUGAAUUAUUUGAUAGUACUUUGGAAGAAGGUGAUUCGUUAGACGAUAUGUUAGAUGAAGAUUAUGAUUGUUCGCAUCAAAAGGACAGACGAGCUUCGGUACCAGAAAGACAAGGAAUAUCUCAUUUUGGUCCCAGACAGGGUAGAAUGUUGUCGCGUCUUUUAACUCAUACUCAUUUACCUGGUCUAUCUAGUCUUGACCAAAUGCAUCUUCUUGCAUUAGCUGAUACCGUGUCAACGUGUAAUGUUGAUUUUGCAGAACGUUUUGCAAUAGAUGCAGCUAAGAAUGCAAUUGCAAAAGAAAAUUUAACAGGUAUACCUGAUGGUGAAGCAGUUUCUAUGGAUUCAUUGGAUGACUGUGGACUCAGAUUCCUCUUGGCUAUGAAACAUUAUAAUUAUUUAAUACGUUGUCUUCCAUUGGCACAAAGAGCACAAUUCCAAAAGCAAGGUAUUUCAUCUAACAACCUUGUAUGGGCUUUUCAUUCCGAGUCCGAAGAAGAAUUACUAGGAUUAAUUCCAUCAUAUGCAAAGGGACAACCCAAAUGGUCUGUAUUAAAAGAACUUGGUGUUGGUUGGUGGAUUAGAAGUAAUAUUGUAUUAAAACGAUGUAUCGAUAAGAUCGCUAAAGCGGCAUUUCAACAACAUCAAGAUCCUUUGGAUGCUGCUAUUUAUUAUUUAGCUAUGAAGAAAAAGAAUUUAGUAUGGGGAUUGUUUAGAAAUAAAAAAGAUGACAGAAUGACCUCCUUCUUUGCAAAUAACUUUACAGAAAACAGAUGGAGAAAAGCAGCUUUGAAAAAUGCAUUUGCUCUACUUGGAAAACAAAGAUUCGAACAUGCUGCAGCAUUCUUUUUAUUAGCAGGCGCGUUGAAAGAUGCCAUUGAUGUAUGCCUGGACAAAUUAAAUGAUAUACAACUUGCAAUGGUUAUUGCAAGACUUUACGAAGAUGACACGACAUCUCCACAUAUGAGAAGAUUGCUUUAUGAGGAAAUUUUAGGGUGCGAUAAAGACGGUCAAAAUCAAGAUAUGAAUAAAUGUCAUCCUGAUCCUUUUCUACGAAGUAUGGCACUUUGGAUACUUAAAGAUCAUUCAGGAUCUCUCAAUACUUUGCUUUUGACUAAUGUUGGUAGCAUGCAUCCACAAUAUAAUGAUGAGUCUGAUAAACCUGAAGGUGCUACAGCAAAUCCAAAUGUCUUCAAUUUUUACGUUUAUUUACGUACACAUCCAUUAUUAAUUAGACAGUAUAUUGCUUCUACUGCACAAGAUAAAAAGAAGGGUCAUUCUGUUGUUAUAUCAGGAUUUAGUUAUGGUACAGAGGUGAAAACCCAACCAGAUAAACAUCUAACGUUGGAAGACAGUAUUACACCCUUAGAAAGACAAUUAUAUUUCACUACUGCUCAUGCUCAUUUUAAAGCAGGCUGUCCCGCUCUUGCUCUUGAAGUUUUGUCUAAACUACCUAGUAAAGUUAUGGACACAAAUUGUGAAAAUUCACCAAGUCUCUUGAAUAGUCCAACCAAAUCCAGGACACAGGAUGUACAAAUCGACACAGGGAUUAUCGUUUGGGGAGGAGAAACUAAACCAACUUCUGAUACUCAAGAAUCGGCUGCUUCUAUUGAUUGGGGAGUUACCAAUUGGUCGCAACCUAUUGUGCGACAAACUGAAGAAUUAGUGUUGAACUGGGAUGAUGAUAAUGCCGAUAACGAAGAUGGCGAUAGUCCUCCAUUAAGCAUGAAAAUGGAUGGAAAUCAAAAUGGCACUGUUAAUAAAUUAGACAAAGAAGAAGAACUAGCAAAACCUUCUGGGCAGUUAGACAUUAUGGCACAACAAUUAAAAUUUGUCGCUUGUUUAAAAAUUCUCAUGGAAGAAUUAUCGACAUUAGCUACUGGCUUUGAAGUAGACGGAGGACAACUUAGGUAUCAAUUGUAUGUGUGGCUGGAACGAGAAGUAGACGCUUUGAGACAACUUUGUAAUUAUAGUGUCAACACAGAUGGAGAUGCGAACAAUACUUCAGAAUAUGAAGGUGGAAUGGUAGAUGAUGUACCUCCAUGUAGAGCUGGAGAACAACCAACACUGCAUGAAAUAUUAGUUGCAGAAAAAUUAGAUUUUGAAGCUAAAGUACAAAGAGCUGCUAAAAGGAAGAAAUGGUUGAAAGCUAAUGAAACGUUGUUAAGAACAUUAUUAUCAUAUUGUUCUCUUCACGGAGCAUCUGGUGGGGGUUUAGCAUCCGUGAGAAUGGAAUUAGUACUUCUUUUACAAGAAUUACAACAGGAGAAAACUCAACAACAAUUACUUAGUCCACUUCCUUUCCCGACAACUCUUCCUUUAUUAAGUGCGAGCGUUGCUUGUAAUAAAACAGUAGUUGCUGAUCCUGUUAGACAUUUACAGUCUUUAGCACAUGAUAUGUUACAAACAUUAGUAGAAUUACGAAAUCCUCCGAUGCCUAAUAGAAAUACAUAUUGCCGUGAAGUGUUUAUAAUGAGAGAUUUAGCAGUUGCACUUAGUGCUUGUAUUUAUCAAUCUUUAUGCGAUUCCGAUACUUUUGUUAUGAAACAUCAUCAACCAGAUAGCUUCCCGGUAGUGGCAGAAAUAGAAACAUUUUCUGGUGGCCAUUUAGUUGCUUCAAAUCGUUAUCAUCGACGAUAUUCAACGGACGAUGGAGUAUGCAUAACUACCUCACCCUCUAAGUGGCCCGGUGUUACAAAUUUACGUGCUUUAUUGGCACGCGAAAAAGAUGAAGAUACACCAAAAUUAAACAUUCUCCUUUGUGAAACUUUUGUAGCAACGUAUAUGAGUUUAUUCGUUUAUGCCUUAUCAAGCUGUGAUAGCCAUAUCUUAUAUAGACUUGUUGGCCAAUGUUUUGACAAUAGCACUUGGUCUUGCCUUUUUGGAGGUGGUGUCAAAAAACUAUUGCGAGUAGCAAGUACGAGUAGUCAGAGUGCUAAUACAAACGCUAUAGAGAAAGCAGAGAUUUCGAAUGAAAAUCAAAGUACUACUAGUGCUAUGUGGAAUACUAUGACAUCGCUUACUAAACAACGUAUGAAAUUAAAUAUGAAAUUGUUAGGACAAUUCACUGGACAACAACCAAAUAUGAAGGAAGACAAACCGACUUACAGAGAACAAUUUGUUUCACCUCAGAUGAGCAUGGUUUCGUAUUUCCUAAUGAAGCCACGUAUAGAGAGUGAAUAUGCGGAUGAAAUAGAUUAUGAUUCGUCAGAUUCCGCUGUAUCGGAUUUAGAUUCUUCCGAAGAUGAGGAAGACGUGUUUGAUACGAAUUCGAAGCCAAAGAAUAAACCAAAGGACAACAUAGAACAUUCUAAUCCAAACUCUCACAGCUGGUGCAUCAUAAGAUUAGCGAUUGUCAAAAUAUUACAAAAACAAUUGCAAGAUUUCUUAAACGUUGCAGGCAUAGAAAUGCAAGAAUUACCAGUGAGUAGUCCAUUAAUUCACGGCACGUUAGGUAUCGUAGCACAAUGGCAGGAAACUUUAAGAGAGGAAUUAGAAUCAAAAGGACCCGCGCCUAUAAAUUAUAUACCCGGUUGUACACCAGAUCCAGCACCCACACCUGGAAAGCCAGCUAUUCAUAAGUAUCGUGCAUUACUAGAGAAAGGAAACACGCCAUUUAAUACCCGCAUGGCAUCCGCAGCUCCUGCAAAUCGUUUAUGGUGCUAUUUAGUUAGACAAGAAUUGGUUCAAGAUAUAUUUAUAAGAGCAGUCUUUGGAAAAAGGAGAUCGUUAUCAUCUAUUCUUGAUAGCAAUCAAACAGCUGUAGAUAAUUUAAAUCGAGGCGAGGAUAAAGGAAGUGACAGUGGUACAACAAGUGUAGCUGAACCUGUCAGAAUUAUUCACAAGGAACAAGAUAGUAUUAGUGCAUUCUGCCUAAAUCAGGUAAAUGGAGGAUUAAUGGCUUUAGCCACUCCUCGUGAAGUUCAGGAAAUGAAUAUAUCAUUACUCUUGGAACUUCCAUCAUGGCUAGAAGAUGAAUGUGAAUUCGAUAUAAUUAAUUUAAAUAAACAACAGGAUGCAGAACCUGUGCAACCAACUAGCUUCUUAGUUAUACAGACAGCAGCUGAUCGUCCAUUACUUGCACAAAGUCCACAAUCAAAUAGUCCUCAACCUCAGUCAGGUAUAGCAAGCCAAAGUGGCCGAGGUGCUAGUGUGAUGAAGGGGAUGCCUGCUUUUCCUGGCUCCCACGACCUGCGUUUCUGUCAGUUUGUUGCUGAUAGGAGCAAACACUUGUUGCAGCCGAUUCUGAAGCAUAAAAUCGACGGUAUUAGAAGGAUUUCAUCUCAUCCACUUUUACCAUUGUACUUAACUGGAUCACAAGAUGGAUCAGUCUCGUUAUGGGAAUGGGGUCACCAAACAGCUGUAGCAACACCAAGACCACCAGGUACAUUCGCUAAAGUUACUCGCGUACGUUUCUCUCAACAUGGUAACAAAUUUGGAGUGGCUGACUCCGAUGGACACUUAAGUUUAUUCCAAGUAGCUUGCAGAGAAGGAACAGCACGUCCGUUCUUCAAUUAUCAGUGCCAUAGUAAAGUAACAGCUGAUUUCGUCUUUCUUGGAGCAUGUAGUCUCGUAGCUACUGCAGGUCAUGGUUCCGAAGGGCGCAAUGUUGCACUUUGGGAUACAUUACUACCACAAAAUAAAUCUCUCAUACAAGGUUUUACGUGUCACGAACAAGGAGCUAGUUCUCUCGUAUUAGCACCACAACAUCAGUUGUUGAUAAGUGGUGGUAAAAAAGGAGAUAUCAAUAUAUUCGAUGUGCGACAAAGACAACAACGUCAUAGAUUCCAAGCACACGAAUCUGCUAUCAAAUGUUUAGCUUUGGAUCCACAUGAGGAAUUCUUUGUUAGCGGUGCCGGAGAUGGAGAUAUUAAAAUAUGGGGAUUAACCGUCCAUUGUCUUCUACACUCUUUUCCUGCAGAACAUCCACGAUCUAGUUUUUUCAAAAAUAUCGGACAGGGUGUUACACAAUUACACGUAGACUCAGCAGGACGUCUAUUUUCAUGUGGAGCAGAUGGUUCGAUGAAAGUUCGUCAGUUACCAGAGCGUGACUGCGUUGUACACGCAUUAUAUUAGAAAAUUUACAUUAAAAAUUGUGCUUCACAAAUAGGUAAAAUGAUGUGAAAUUUGUUUAUGCUUUAUGAGGAAUAGAGUGGACCAUUAAAGAUAACAGCAUAUGUUAUCUUAUAUUACACACGCGGGCAAUAUAUCUCUAUUGGAGUCAGUAACAUAUAUCAUUGCCAGUAUAUUACACCUCUGUUCAUAUGACCUGACAUAUGCAAGUGAAUUGGGUAUGCUGUAUCAAAAAUACAGCUAUAUAAAAUAUAUGUAUUAAAAACUAACAGUCUGAUCUUUAGAGAAAUUGUGCUAGUAUUGACAAAUGAUUUCUUCAGAAAGUUCCAUAAAAAUAUAAUCCCUAAGUAUAAUAUAUAUAUAUUUAUAAUUUUGCAAUAUACGCACACAUGUUGAUAGUGUGGCACAGUGUUUUAACAAAUUAAUAUGUGUUAUAGGAAAUAGUUCACAAUAUGAAAAAAUAAAAUGAAUUCCAUAUGGAAUCAUAUAAUAUAGUGUUGCCUAAAACCAAGGUUCUAGAAUCUAAUUACAUGAAAUUAUAAUUUUAGUUAGAUCAGAAAUUAGCUAGUUCUCAGCUUUGUUGUAAUAUCUUUGGUAUAAUUUGCUAUACCUUUAAAACAGUGUAUUUUCGCCAAAGUGUAUAUAUCAUAUGAUAAAACGUAAUUUAUUAUUAACAAUCAUUCCUUUCUCAUAUGAAAGUAAACUUAUUGAUUGAUUGAAUCUGUAAUCUAUACGAAUCACAAUAUUUUAAUGUAAGAUAUAAUUCUGUGGAAAUAGUUCUAUUCAAAGGAGAAGAAUCCUUUUGAAUUACAAAAUCUAAGCAAUCAUUUCCUGCAGAAUGUAUAGCUACCAAGUAUACAAUCAAUUGUACAUUAUUCAUAUGAACAUUGUUUAUAAUUACAUGGAAUGCGCAUUUUCCAAUAUAAAUUUUUUUUCUUUAUUUAGACAAAAUUAAUUGUUGAUGUCUUUCGUCUAUAGUACAUUAUAAAAUGAAAAAAUAUUAUUAUAUUCGUUAUAGUAGUGAUUAAGUAGAAAGUAAUCUGUGUAAAAAAAUCUCAUAUAAGAGAAAUAAUCUAUUAAAUGAUGAUGGUAAUGGAUGAUGAUGAUCAUGAUAAUGAUAAUGAUAAUGACGACGGAACAUAAAUUUCCAAGAAACAUGCAACGUGCAACUACAAUUUUGACUAGAUUAUACUAAAAGUCUUUAAAGGCAAAAAAAUGAAAUAAUCUAAAUAAGUUCAUUGAGAUGGAUGUUAUUUAUUCUCUGGAACGGAAUAUGCAGGUUCCUAUCAUUGAAUACUUAACCUAAUUUCAUACACAAUAAGCUGCGUUAAAACAUAAUACAAAUAAAAUCAUUAAACCAAUGUAAAAUUAAUUAUUAAUGACACAUUUAUUUCAGUCUUAAUAUACAUAUAUAUAUAUAUAUUAUAUGUAUGUAUAUUAUAUAUAUAUAUAUAUAUAUAUAUAUAUAUAUAUAUAUAUAUAUCUUAUUGAAUGUACACCAAUAUUUGGGAUUUGUUAUUGUUAUUACAUUGAAGCAGAAAGUAUAUAUUACGGCCAUAAUCACACACAUAUAUAAAUAUACCUUUAAUAUAUAAAAAUUAUUACGUGUUCCUGUACAAGGGAUUAUAAUCAAUUAUUUGUUAAAAAAGAAUUCCGAUAUUUCAUUAACUUAAACUUUCUUGUACAUGAUUCGUUGUACGAAAGUAAUCCAUUCUCAAAAAAAGUAUAUAAACAUUAGAAAUAUCCUACUUCUUUUAUUAUUGCGUGUAUCAUAUACAUUGCGUUCUAUGAUUUUAUUUAGCUUUCGAAUGUAUACGUUGUAUAUUAAUAUAUUAAAUAACAUAAUUAUAUGAGUUACUAUAUAGACAAUCGUUAUUAGAAUGUUGCUAAUGUUAUAUUGUAAUAUGUGAAUAAUCCAAAAAGUCAAAAGUAGUUUGUUAAUGAUUUUAAAUGUUUUCGAAUGUAUUACAUUAUUUGACUUAGGGCAUAUUUUUAAAUAAUUAACGUAUUCAGUAAUAAUCAAAUGCUACAAUCUCUUGUUGCUAAAUGGUACAGUUACAAUUAACUUGUAUGUGACUUUUUGAGCAAAAAUAAAGAAUGACUUUACCUUUUAUAA